AUGUGGAACUUUGAACACCUCUCGGCCACGCCGAGGGCAGAGUCCCAAAUGAUAGCUUUCCGGGACACUUUGGAAAUUUGCAAGCUCGUGGAUUUGGGUUUCCUUGGAGUGCCCUUUUCCUAUGACAAUAAGCGAGGUGGCUCAGCUAAUGUGAAAGUAAGGUUGGACCGGGCAGUAGCUACGAACGAAUGGCGGAAUCUAUUCACCUUUGCUUCAGUUGAACACAUCCCCACGCCAUGCUCCGACCAUGUUAUGAUCUUUUUGAAAGGGGAGCCAGACCAAGAUCCUGUAGGAGGGAAGAGCCGGCGCUAUGAAAUAUUCUGGGAGAGGGAUUCGGCCCUACCAGAUAUCAUCAAAGAAGCGUGGGCUGCGGUUGGUGCAAUCAAUAAUAUGGCACAGUUGAGUGAUGCACUCAAAAGAACUAUGAGAACGCUGGGGGCAUGGAGCAAGAAGUUCGGCAACGUGACGAGGGAGCUUGCCAAGUCCCGAUCUCAGUUGGAGGAGCUCAUGAAUAUGAAUGCAGAUAGAGAAGACAUAAGAAGGAAUAUUUUUUCUGCUGAUACAUCUCUUAAUGCGUCUCCUGUUGUAGAUCUUUUUGAGCAAAUGGUGUCGGCUGAGGAUAAUGAAAAGUUGUGUGCUCCCUUCACGGAUAAGGAGAUCUCAGACGCCAUGUUUCAAAUUGGGCCCUUGAAGGCGCCGGGGCCGGAUGGGUUCCUGGCCAGAUUCUUUCAACGGAAUUGGGACAUUCCAGAGCAGAUAGACAGAAGAAUGGAGAGGAAGAAGAAGGGGUGGUUCGAGCGCAUCAAGAGGCUCUUCAUCUCCGAACCCAAGCAGAAACCCAAACCAGACAAGGUAUUGUCCCAAUCUCGUUUCUUAAGAUGGCUGGUAGGGAAGCUCAAGACCCAGCACUCGUUUGCCCUGCCAGCUCCGGAGCCGGAGCCGGCGACGGGUCAGAUUCAGAUAAGGCAGGCGGAGGAGGAGCAGAGCAAGCACGCAGUGGCGGUCGCGCUCGCCUCCGCAGCGGCCGCAGAGGCAGCCGUCGCGGCCGCCCACGCGGCCGCGGAGGUGGUCCGCCUCACAGGACCGCCCUCGCCGGCGCCGGCGCCGGCGCGUGAGGACGCCGCGUCUUCCGGCCACGAACUGUUCGCCGCCGUCGCGAUCCAGUCAGCCUACCGCGGAUACCUCGCGCGGAGGGCACUGCGCGCGCUCAAGGGCCUGGUGAGGCUGCAGGCGGUGAUCCGCGGGCAGGCGGUGCGGCGGAAGACGGCGGCGACGCUGCGGGGCCUCGAGUCGCUGGUCAAGAUCCAGGCCCGGCAGCGCGCCAGGGCCGACGUCGACCACGAGCACGACGGCGACGGCAUGGACGCCCUGCUGAGGAGUGGCCGGGAGCUGUACGCCGCCGCGCUGCAAGAGCAGCAGCAGAGCAGCCGGGGGUGGGACGGCAGCACCCUCUCCAAGGAAGAGAUGGGCGCCGUGAUGAAGAGCAGGGAGGAAGCCGCCAUCAAGCGCGUGCGCGCGCUGCAGUACGCCUCCAUCCAGAACGAGAAGAUCGGCAUCAGGAGGCAGCCCAUGUCCAGGGACGAGAUGGAGACGCUCAACCAGCGCUGGAGCUGGCUGGAGGAGUGGGUCGGCUCGCAGCCCUUCGACAAGGACGUGGCCGUCGACGUGGUCACCCACCCCCACCCGCCGCCGCCUCGCUCCAGGGACUCCCUCGCCUGCCUCGAGGACGACGACGACCAUGAUGACGACGGCUAUGGCAGGCGGCUCGGCUACUCGUCCAGGCGGUCCUUCGGCCGCGCCAGGCGCACGCCAGGGAGGGGGAGCGUCGACGACGGGCUGCAGGCCUGCUCGCCGGCGGUGGCUUUCCCGGGGUACAUGGCGUCCACGGCGUCCGCCAAGGCCAAGUUCCGGUCCAUGAGCACGCCCAAGGAGCGCUUCGCCGUGCCAUCCGACGCAUACUCGGAGCAGUGCUUCGCCGACCGCCUCAUGUCACCCAUCCCGUCCAUGUCGCCGAUGCCGUCCAUCGCCAGCGACAUGGGUUUUGCUCGCUCCAGCAGGCCGCCGGUUGCGCAGCGGUCGCCGCGUGUCAAGGGGGGGCCGAUGACGCCGUCGAGGAUCCGCUCCAGGAGGUCCCCCAGCCGCCACAGCUUCGGCUCUGAAGCCGCGCUGCACCAGAUGCAGAUGGAGCACUACACCCCUAUUCGCUAGACACAAACAAACUUCUUUGUAAUGUGACCAAUGCUGCCUUGUUUGGCGGGCUUGCUCUCUCUGGGUCUGACCAUGGAAACCUUCUCAAACUGACCGUGCUGUGCGAAUGCAAUAUGGAUCUGCAAACUUUCAAAAUGA